AUGGCGCGAUCGGCCCGCAAUGGCAUGUCAAUGAGCCCCACAAUUCCAGACGGAUCUUUUGUAUUCGUAGAGCGUCUGUCGCAGCAGUGGCGAAACUGGGAGCGUGGCGACCUGGUGCAGCUGCGGUCUCCCACUCGGCAUGGGGGUGAAACCAUUACAAAGAGAAUUCUUGCGCUUGAGGGCGACGUAGUGGAGUUGCAACCGCGUUUUGACAGGGAACGCCAUGGCAAGAUUAAAGUUCCUAAAGGUCACGUGUGGGUGGAGGGAGAUAAUUCAACGUGCUCCGUGGACUCGCGGCACUUUGGUGCUGUCCCUGCUGCGCUAUUAAUCGGACGACCCUUUCUAAUAAUCUAA